AUGCUGAAAGUCUUUCCACAAAAAUAUGUCUUCUUCUCCACAGCCGCUGGCCCAGCGCAAUGUUACUAUUGCUUAGAAAGUGAUUCAGCGACUUGUUCCGCAAAUCAGCGAGUGCAGACUUGUGCAACUGACGCAAGUUCACUUGGUACAACUCACUGUGGCUCGGCAGCUGGAAAAUAUCGCGACAGGCGUGGAAAUAUCAACUUUGGGGUCGUCCGAGGAUGCAUCAACUGUGCUGGUAUUAUUUUUUCUUUUAAACUAAGUAUAAGUAAAGAGAAAGAAGGCAAAAGUUUGCUGACGGUGGACAAACACCCUAUAUGUCGGCCUUGGUUUAUGUAGCUGGUUGUACUCAACUGUUAAUUAGUUUUUACAUUUGAUUAAGGGAGCUGUGUCACGAAACUCAGCCAAAUUAGGAAAUUACAAAAUGCCCGUUAAAAAAUAACCGCUUAAAACAUUAAAGGAAGGUUAGAAUAACACAACAGAAACAACAGAUGCCACGGAUGGGCAAAACUGAAGAAGAUUGAAACGGAUUGAAAUUAGGAUUUUUGAAAACUGUUCAGCCUAACAGUUUUUCAAAGUUGAUCCCUACUGCUUGCAACUUCAAAAAUAAAGUUCAGGAGACAUAUUUGUUUGUCUCGGAUCUCUCAUUUUGUCAUUUACGUGUAAUUUCUUUGCUUACUUUAAAUUCCAUAACGAUUGAGGGCGAGUAAUUGGCAAAAUUAAACAAAAUGAACUGGAAUGCCGUGACACAACCCCUUUAAUCGAUUUACUUACCUAAUUUUCAAUUUGUUUUUCUGAACUGCUUGUUCCAGACAAAUUACAAGCGUGUGGACUUAUCUAUGGCGCUCUUAAAGCAGACAGACAAUGGACUGUUCUACAGUGUGAGAUCGAGUGCUGCACCGGAGAUAAAUGCAACACGGGGACUGUUCCAACUUUGCCUACGCCUGGUUCAGGUAAUAAUAAUAAUGAAAAAAAAAAACUUUAAUGGGAACAUAUCAAGGUAUAAGAAACAACUUGACUGAAAUAAUUCAGUAACAAGUUAAAACUUGGACCACUGGAGAAAUUUGCAAAAUUCUGUAUUACGCUGCGUAGUCUGCGGUGCAUGUGAAAUUGGGUAAUAAUUACUCUUUAUCGUUUUUGAGACAAAUUUGGGUGGACAACACUUGACUAACUGCCAUGUAAAUUCUGUAUAGUGGGCAUAAAAAAAACCGGACAAAUUAGUAACGAUAUGUUUACCAUCAUUCUGAAGUUUAACAAUACAUAGUCCGUAUUUUUUCUUUGCGAUAUCAUGAGUAUCGCAGUGACGCAAUAUCUUUGGGUCAGGAUACGGACAUUCAGAGGUUCACUUUAAGUGUGUUCCAUCGAUUGGCACGUCGCAUUAUAGAGGAACACUGAACAUCUCUAUCAUGACAUCUUUCUGAUGAUCUGCUUAGGCCGCUUAUAACUGAAAGCUAGGUGUAACUUUGUGUUUAUGAAUUAACCAUUCUUUCUGAAUCAGUUUGCGCAUCUGGCCUUGUCUGAAUGAGAGCAUGAAAGGUUUGUAACGUUCUCUGUUUGGCGUGUAAAUCUGUGAAUGGGCUCCUGGUUUAAGUUUGCCUAUUGUUUUCCUCGCCUUAUACGUGUUGCGACUUCCACCAAUACUUCUUAGCACUGUGAAAAUACCGAAGACGAAGAAUGAAUACCUUGAGGGACUACGAUUCAUUGACAUUCCUAUCAAUGACUCAGAUGAUACCACUUCACGCUUGGGUUCACUUGGGUUUGACUGCUCCUUUUCAAUAAAACGUGUCUCUUAACAAAUAGAGCGGGAGAGUUUUUAGCAAGCUACAGUGGACUCGGGUGAAAUCACAAUAAAACUGCUAAAAAAACUUCUUUCAUAAUAAUCUUGCGGUGGCUCAAAAGGAAGUCACACUUCCCAGAAAUCAGAACAAUUCUAAGAAUACAGAAACACUUCCCGUAAUCCGAAACAUUUCCAAGAACCCAGAUGCGCUUCCCAGAAUCCAAACCAGUUCCCAAAAUUUGUAACAAUUCCCAGAAUCCAGAGCACUUCCGAGAAAACGAACCAUUUCCCAGAAUCCAAGCCAAUUCCUAAAAUACGACUCACUUCCCAGAAUCAUUUAAUAUCUACCCUAGCUGUCAACUUCCAAAGCAAACAGUCUCACGGCCCUGUCAUAUUUAGGCCUAUCUAUAACCUAGUUUAUCCACACCAGCUUACAGAACAAAAAAAGAAACCUUUAGAAAAAAACGGAAUGCAAAAAUGUGAAAUAAGCGGUUAGAUUCUUUAAUAAUUUCAUAUACAUUUAUCAAUUAAAACAAGAAUAUUCAUUGGUGUAUAAUGUAUAUAUAUUCAGCAUACAACGAAUUUUUAUUUGUUUUUCUGCUAUCGUAGUUCUUUUAGGUAGCAACACCAAUUACUAAGUCACUUCCGUCUUAAUUGUAGUACUGCAUAAUUUUUCUGUAAUUUCGCGGUCUUCCUAAUAAACCUGAUGAAGACUGGUAUUGGUCAGUCGAAAAAAUUUAACUCUAGUCUAUUCACGUUAUUUGAUCAGUCCCUGCAGUUGUCUUUUUGACAAAAAUUUAUAGUGUACAAUGUAUUGGGCUGUUUUGAAAUAAGCGAUGCACAUGCGCUUGAUCAAACAACGAUCGUGAGAGGCCAAAAAAAUUUUAAAAAAAUAAUAAACUCCAGUGAAUUUGCCGGCUAUAAUAACUUGUCCAAAAAUUUUUAGUUUUCCCCACAGCUGCUGGACCAGCACAAUGUUACUACUGCAUGGAAAAUGAUCCAACGACUUGCACUAAAAAUCAGCAAGUUCUGACUUGUGCCACCGACCCGAGCUCUCUUGGUACAACUCACUGUGGCUCUGCAGCUGGAAAGUAUCGUGACAAGGAUGGAAAUAUCAACAAUGGAUUCGUUCGAGGAUGCAUUAACUGUGCAGGUAAGUUAGUAAAACAUAGCUUUUAACUGCAAAUUGAAUAUUAAACGAUAAAAUUUCUCAGUUGUAUAGUUUGCUAAACUGGGGGCGUAAGCCAAAUCUUCCCUCUGAAUACAUGUACCGGUAUACAUGUAUACAGUAGAACCCCGAUAACUCAAACUCGGUUGACUCGAACUCCUCGCUAACUGUAGCCUCCCACGCAGGCGUUUUUGAGGGAGUUCGAUCAAAAAUUGAUCAAAAAUUCACUGAAAUUUACCUCGAUAAUUGGAAUUCUAGUUCUUGUAACUUCACUCGCAUGUCAUCCCAUUACCUCUUCUUUUUGUAUAAUCGGUAAAAACACUUAAACUCUAACGCUGGUCAAAACUACUUGAAUUUGAUUUUAAUUGUCGCAACGAACAGAUCACAUUUUAUCAUAAAAAAGAUUUAACCACGGUACAUGAAUGAAAUAUUAAGUCAAAUUUACAUUGCACUAUACACUGACGUGCUGAAAAAUCAAUAACUAUUAAUUUCUAAUGUAACAAAUAAAAUUUUCAAUUCGACGAUAGUAACUCGAACCCCCGCUAACUCGAACUGCUUUUCGUUUCCCUUCAGAGUUUGAGUCACCGGAAUUCUACUAUGGAUAGCCAAAGCUAAAAGCAGAGCUCUUAUUACAUUCUAGGUCAUUGUUCACCAGAAUUUGUCAGACUUUACAUAGAUGGUUCAGUUAACCAUCCACUUCCGUUUCAUUAUUUAGCUGGUUCUGGUUCUGGUUACUUUCAUAUUUUUAGCUAAACUGAAUUAAAAUUCAGUCUGAAAUGCCUCUUGUUACAGACAAACGAGAAGCAUGUGGAAUUAUUGGUGGUGCUCUAAAAGUAAGCAGAGAAUGGACUGUACUGCAAUGUGAGAUCGAGUGCUGUACUGGAGAUAAAUGCAACUCACAGUUAGUGCCAACGUUAUCCUCAAAAGCAUCGUCAGGUAUAUAAAAUGAAUUGCAGCCAGUAAUUAUGUAUAACGUAAAAUUUGUAGGCUUUACAAAUUCACAUCCCACUAUAGUAAAAAUGAGAUGGCUGAACAAACCUCCCGGGUUUUGAAGAGUUAAAAUAUGGUGGAAAGAUUUAGCUAAUUAUAUAAUUAAAUGGUUAACGAAAUGUGUUAAAAUGUGUUAACACAUGAUACAAGGAGUGUCGAAUAUUGCUCCUCAGCUCCAGACUGCCAAACAAAACCGUGUAAGGGCGUUAAGUUCAGUUAGCUCCCGUUAUGGAUUUCUCUGAGUACUAAUAAUUAUUCUAGUUUGAGCUGCUUUCAGUUUUUAUACGAGUUGUACUUGCACGAAGUUUACUUAACAAAUAAUAGACCUGAGUCGCUUGGCGUUGUAUUUUCCAAACUGUCUGGGCUGAAGCUUUGAGAUAUAGCUUACUUUCCCAAAACAUUUCUGGAAAAAGGAGCGGCUACUGAGGUACUGAAACAAGUCGAGAACCCUUAGCAAAGAAAAAUCUCUUUCCUAGUACCUUCUCGUUUUUUUUUUUUUUUUUUUUUUUUUUUUUUUUUUUAACUCAGUCCUAGGUUAAAGGUGAUUAAAUAGCUUUGCUAGGGAACAUUUUUAUGAUUCACUACCUGACUACUCUAAAGUGAUCAAAUAUCCAUAAUUGAUUUACGUUCCUGUCGAUCAACAAUUUUCUUUUCUAAUGUAUUUUUUUUUUCCAAUGUAGGUGGUACCAUAAACACCCGACUGCAGUUCACUGGUGUGCUAGCCUUUGUACAGCUCUCUCUCUCAUCAUAUGGCGUUACUUUUAGUUCCCAGGCUUCCUAGCAAAACUGCCUAUCCAGCUUUUCAUUUAAUUAAGUAGCAUUUCGUGCACGUUCAGGCCCCAGUUGUUUAAACUAAAAGAAGGAUAGUGCAAUCAACUGAAUAAAUCACUAUCCAGUGGAUAAAGCAAUUGGUUUCCCCAAUACUGGCUUAUCCAUUGGAAGCUAUUUAUCCGGCGGAUAGCGCUCUCCAGCUUUUAAACAACCGGGGACUGUCAAUUACCCGUAGGUAUAGAGUAAUGUUUUUAUAAAAGCUUAAAUUUUGUUAUAGCGUAAGGAGGUGAUUCUUAGUAACAGGGGUAGGACGGUUCACUAUUUUUCGCGGCUUUUUGCCUAUUCACUAGGGCCACCGUCACCGCGGUAUUAUGUACCGUAUGGCAUGAAAUUUUCGAGGUUGUUUUUCCAUGAUCCCCCAAAAUUUGAUCACGUAAAAUUAAACUCUCGCAAGAGCAUCGACACCGAGGUUUAUUACUUUUUUUACAUGAAUGGGAGUCCGCAAGUUGGGAUUUUUUAUUUACACUUUUUUACUAUGACGAAGAGUCUGAGGCGACACCAUCUUUUACUAGACCGAUAUCACCGCAAAAAUUUGUUCGCAACACUAAACGCAA